CAAAUUCAAUACUCAUACACAACCCCCAACGCAUCAUACCACCACACAACGCACAAAAAAGGAAAAAAAAAGAGAGAGAGUUAACAAAAACAAGCCAUAGGUGAAAAAAAUAGGAGAGAAAUGGAUCUCUGGUUCCCUCUCUCUCUCGCUCCUGCUCUUAUCUGAGCCACCGGUCGUCGUCGCCGCGGUCGGAAGCCUCGCCGAGGAGCGUUUUGAUCUUGGGUCUGGCGCCUACUUCUGGUUUGAGAGAACCCAGUGCUCAUAACGUUGGAGUUGAUAGGUUGCCUGAAGAGAUGAAUGACAUGAAAAUUAGGGAUGAUAAGGAGAUGGAAGCAACAAUUGUUGAUGGCAACGGGACAGAGACAGGUCAUAUAAUAGUGACAACCAUUGGUGGUAGAAAUGGCCAGCCUAAGCAGACAAUAAGCUACAUGGCUGAGCGUGUUGUUGGACAUGGAUCAUUUGGAGUUGUUUUCCAGGCAAAGUGCUUAGAGACGGGUGAAACUGUGGCUAUAAAGAAGGUUCUUCAGGACAAGCGAUACAAAAAUCGUGAAUUGCAAACCAUGCGUCUUCUUGACCACCCGAAUGUUGUGUCUUUGAAGCAUUGUUUCUUUUCAACGACUGAAAAGGAUGAACUUUAUCUUAAUCUCGUGCUUGAGUAUGUUCCUGAAACUGUACAUCGUGUGAUUAAACACUACAAUAAGUUGAACCAGAGGAUGCCGCUGAUUUUUGUGAAGCUUUACACAUACCAGAUUUUUAGAGCAUUGUCCUACAUUCAUCGCAGUAUUGGAGUGUGUCAUCGGGACAUCAAGCCUCAAAAUCUUUUGGUGAAUCCGCAUACUCACCAGCUUAAGCUAUGUGAUUUUGGAAGUGCAAAAGUCUUGGUAAGAGGAGAGCCAAAUAUUUCUUAUAUCUGCUCUAGGUAUUAUAGAGCACCUGAGCUUAUAUUUGGGGCAACUGAGUAUACUACAGCUAUUGACAUCUGGUCUGCUGGUUGUGUUCUUGCUGAGCUUCUUCUGGGGCAGCCCCUGUUUCCUGGUGAGAGUGGAGUUGACCAGCUUGUUGAGAUUAUCAAGGUCUUGGGUACUCCUACAAGGGAGGAAAUAAAAUGUAUGAACCCUAACUAUACAGAGUUCAAAUUCCCACAAAUCAAAGCACAUCCCUGGCACAAGAUAUUUCACAAACGCAUGCCUCCAGAAGCAGUUGAUCUGGUUUCAAGACUAUUGCAAUACUCUCCUAAUCUACGAUGCACAGCUUUGGAUGCCUUGAUCCAUCCUUUCUUUGACGAGCUACGUGACCCAAAUACACGCCUACCGAAUGGACGUUUCCUCCCUCCACUUUUCAACUUUAAGCCACAUGAGUUAAAGGGUGUGCCGGUGGAGAUUUUGGUGAGAUUGAUUCCUGCGCAUGCAAGAAAGCAAUGCCCUUUCCUUGGGUUGUGAUAUGGUAUAAAAAGCACGAUAUAUCCAGCUGCAAAGUGUCCUUGUAUGGAAGUCAUGUUUCUUCCUCUACUUCAGCUGCUCCUUUCCGUCAUGUUUCUUUGUAUUACCUUGUGUACAAGCAGAUGUAGGAAAAUGCGACUUAAUCUUGCCCAAGCCUCAACGGGCGUCUCACUCGCCUUCUCCCUAUAUUGCAAUACGUUGUAACACUACAUUACAUAGAAGACAAAUAUCUCCAUGAUCUUUUGCAUGAAUCUAAAUGAUCUAUUUGUAUUUGGAUUUCA